AUGCUUUUCGGACGAUCAUCUGAUAACAAACCAGCUGCACCCACUACGCCUGCAGCUCCGAGUUUCGAAGAUCAACUACCCACCUUACGCGAAUUUCUUCGUGAAUACAAUCGUAUAGCUGAAGUCUGUUUUAACGAUUGUAUUAACGAUUUCACAGGUCGAACAACAACAGCAUCUGAAAAUUCAUGUGUCAAUUUUUGUUUGGAAAAAUUCCUCAAAGUAACACAACGUAUUUCUCAACGUUUUCAAGAACAGCAAAUGUUAAUGAAUGAAAAUCAGGUCGUUGCCGGAAAGGCAAAAGGUCUUUUUCAAUAA